CAUUCCCACUCCAGUCCCUUGGGCCAUUACCCUUGCAUUCAAGUGCCUAAGUAAUACGACUUUGGAGUCCCAUCUUUCCAUUCUCCUUUGACGACCCUUGCUCCAAGCUUUCGGAAGCCUAACCCUCCUCCUCUAAAUCACACCCUUCCCUGAGGUCGCCCUACCUCAGUUGGCAUUGACUUCUUGCAUACUUUCACCUUUUUUCUUCUUCUAAUCUUUCCAAUAUACCCUUGCCAAAAUGAACACCCUCAUUUUCGGAGACCAAACCGCCGACCAGUACCCGCUCCUGCGGAAGGCUUGCACCUGGAAGAACAAUGCUACCCUUACCACCUUCCUCGACAGGGUCAGCGUUGUGAUUCGCGAAGAGGUGCAGAAGCUGCCACGAACACAGCGAGACCAAAUCCCCAACUUCCUGACAACAUGGGACCUUGUGGAAGCAUACUACGCUAAGGGACUGAAGAUCCCUGAGAUUGAGAGUUGUGUGGUUACCAUUGCGCAAUUGGCGCACUACAUUGGGUACUUUUCCGAGAACCCCACAGAGCUGCCAAACCCGUCAAACACACGGGUUGUCGGUCUUUGCACCGGUCUUCUUGCUGGCUCUGUUGUUGCAUCUGCGCGAUCCAUCAGCGAGCUCCUGCCACUAGCGACAGAAGCUGUCCGCGUCGCUUUCCGCGCAGGCACCUGCGUCGGCGCAGCCAAGGAGGCACUUGAGCAGGCUUCUGCCUCCAAGGAGACAUGGUCUACCAUCGUCACCAGCAUCUCUGAGAGUGCCGCUCGGGAUGCCAUCACUGCCUUCCACGAGGAGCAGCAGAUGCCUACCCUUGCUCAUGCAUACAUCAGCGCUGUGAGCACCAUGGCUCUCACCAUCAGCGGACCCCCAUCGACCACCAAGCGUCUGCUCCAGAGCGACGCUUUCAAGAACUGCGCUCGUGUCCCUAUCCCCGUCUACGCCCCUUACCACGCCGCUCACCUGUACACCGACGCCGAUAUCGACCAGAUUCUCGACAAGGAUGCUAUCAGGCACCUGCAGCAAUUCCGCCCUCUUGCCCUCGUGCACUCCGCCUCUACCGGACAAUGCCACACUGCUACCAACACUUUGGACUUGGUUCGAACGGCCCUAGCUGAGAUGCUUGUUGAGCCCGUUCGAUGGGACAACCUUCUUUCUGAGAUUGUCUCCCAGGUCACUGCUGCAUCCAGCGCCGAGUGCUCUGUGUCCGCAUUCGGAGUCACCUCCAUUACCAACAGCCUUGCUUCUGCUCUGAAGAACGGAGGCCAGGCUGCCAUCACUGUUCGCGACCAUUCUGCCUGGGUGCCCACCGAUCAUGGCAGCCGUGGCCGCACCCAGAACGACAAGAUUGCCAUUGUUGGUAUGUCUGGUCGCUUCCCCGGUGCUGCCAGCCCUGAGGCUCUUUGGGACCUUCUCGAGCGAGGCUUGGACGUCCACCGUGAAGUCCCCGCAGACCGCUUCGAUGCAAAGGCCCACUGCGACCCCUCUGGCAAGGGAAAGAACAAGUCCCACACUCCUUACGGUUGCUUCAUCGACGAGCCUGGUCUAUUCGAUCCUCGCUUCUUCAACAUGUCCCCACGUGAGGCUGCCCAGACCGAUCCUAUGGGUCGUCUGGCCCUCACCACUGCUUACGAGGCGCUGGAAAUGUCUGGAUACGUCCCUAACCGUACUCCCUCGACUAAGCUUGAGCGAAUUGGAACCUUCUACGGCCAGACUUCGGACGAUUGGCGUGAGAUCAAUGCUGCUGAGAACAUCGACACCUACUUCAUCACGGGUGGUGUGCGAGCCUUCGCACCAGGCCGCAUUAACUACUACUUUAAGUUCUCUGGUCCAUCGUACAGCGUGGACACUGCUUGCUCUUCUUCGCUUGCUGCCAUUCAACUUGCCUGCACUUCGCUCUGGGCCGGUGACUGUGACACUGCCUGCGCCGGUGGCCUGAAUGUCCUGACCAACCCGGAUAUUUUCUCUGGUCUCAGCAAGGGUCAGUUCUUGUCCAAGACGGGAAGCUGCAAGACGUACGACAACGAUGCCGAUGGUUAUUGCCGUGGUGACGGUUGCGGUUCAGUCGUUCUGAAGCGCUACGAGGACGCCAUUGCUGACAAGGACAACAUCCUCGGCUGCAUUCUCGGUGCUGCCACCAACCACAGUGCCGAGGCCGUGUCCAUCACCCACCCGCACGCUGGUGCCCAAGAAUACCUUUACAACAAGGUUCUGUCCAACGCCGGUAUUGAUGCCCACGAGAUCAGCUACGUUGAGAUGCACGGUACUGGUACUCAAGCCGGUGAUGGUAUCGAGAUGACAUCUGUCACCAAUGCCUUUGCUCCUCGUCACCGCCAGCGUACUCCCGAGCAGACUCUCCACUUGGGAGCUAUCAAGGCCAACAUCGGCCACGGUGAAGCCGCUUCUGGUAUCAACUCCCUCGUCAAGGUGUUGAUGAUGAUGAAGAAGAACGCCAUCCCUGCCAACGUUGGUAUCAAGGGUGUGAUGAACAAGACAUUCCCCAAGGAUCUUGCUCAGCGCAACGUUCACAUCGAGACCACCCAGGUUCCUUGGCCCCGCAAAGGUGCAGAGAAGCGCAAGAUCUUCCUGAACAACUUCUCUGCUGCUGGUGGUAACACUGCCAUUGUCAUGGAGGACGGUCCUCUCCGUGAGGCCCCCAAGGGCGUCGACCCUCGCACCAUGCACAUGGUCAGUGUCAGCGCCAGGUCUAUUGCCUCUCUCAAGAAGAACAUCAACAACUUGAUGAAAUUCAUUGAUGAGAACGCAGACGUCACCCUGCCCAGCUUCGCGUACACGACCACCGCUCGUCGCAUCCAGCACAACUACCGUGUUGCCUUCUGUGUCUCCGAGAUGUCCAAGGUCAAGGAUGGUCUCCAGGCUCAGCUCAAGGACACCUACAGCCCGUUGCCCAUGGUCCCGACCAACACUGCCUUCACCUUCACCGGCCAGGGCUCGCAGUACACCGGUCUCGGCCAGAAGCUGUACGAGGACCUUGCGACUUUCAAGGCUGAUAUUGAUCAGCUCGACAAGCUCGCUCGUAUGCACUCUCUGCCUUCCAUUCUGCCCCUUCUGACUGGAACGGAUGUCACAACUCUCUCGCCAGUUGUUGUUCAGCUCGGCAUGGCGUGCAUCCAAGUUGCGCUCGCUCGCAUGUGGAGCUCUUGGGGUGUUCGCCCCAUCGCUGUCAUUGGCCACAGCCUUGGUGAGUACGCCGCUCUUCACGUCGCUGGCGUCAUCUCCGCCAGCGACAUGGUGCUCCUGGUCGGUCGCCGCGCUCAGCUUCUUGAGCAAGAAUGCACUGCCAACACCCACGGCAUGCUUGCUGUUAAGGGCAGCGUUGAGACUAUCAAGGCAGCUCUGGGCAACAAGAUGACCGAGAUUGCAUGCAUCAACGGUCCUGAGGAAACUGUCCUCUGCGGUACUGUCGAUGUUGUCAGCUCCACGAGCGAGGAACUUACUUCCAAGGGCUUCAAGUCUACCAAGCUCAAUGUUCCCUUCGCCUUCCACUCUGCGCAGGUCGAGCCUAUCCUGGAGAAGUUCAAGGCUGUCGCUUCCUCUGUCUCCUUCAACAAGCCUCUUGUGCCCAUCAUGUCGCCUCUGAACGGCGACAUCAUUGUCGAGGCUGGUAUCAUUGGCCCAGACUACCUUGCUCGCCACGCCCGCGACACUGUCAACUUCAACAGUGCCCUUGCCACUGGACAGGAGCAGAAGCUCUUCGAUGCAAAGACCGCUUGGCUCGAGGUGGGCGCUCACCCCGUGUGCAGCGGAAUGGUCAAGUCUACCCUUGGUGGAUCGCCUGUCGCAGCUGGAUCUCUCCGCCGCAACGAGGACCCCUGGAAGACUCUUUCCAACACCAUCACCACCCUGUACCUCGCUGGUGUCUACAUUGACUUUAACGAGUACCACAGGCUGUUCAACGAUGCCCACGAGAUGUAUACUCUGCCAACCUACGCCUUCGACUCCAAGAAGUACUGGUUGGACUACCACAACAACUGGACUCUUACCAAGGGCGAAGUCCUUCAGGCUCCUGCUGUCAAGGCUAUCGAGGCAGCACCUGUUGAAGAGGCUCCCUCCAAGUUGUCCACUACUUCUUGCCACAAGAUUGUGCGCGAGGACCUCCAUGCCAACUCCGGUACUGUUGUUGUCCAGUCUGAUCUUUCCGACCCCAAGUUGAAGGCCACCAUCACCGGUCACCAAGUCAACGGUACUCCUCUCACUCCCUCUUCGCUCUACGCCGACCAGGCCAUGACUGUUGCGGACUACCUGUACCAGCAGCUUCGUCCAGGUACUGAGACACCUGGUCUUAACGUGUGCGCCAUGGAGGUCACCAAGACUCUCAUUCCCCAGUACCCACCUCCUGCUGGCGGCCAGCACCUGCAGAUUGAGGGUAACGCCGACCUUGAGACCAACCAGGUUAAGAUCACCUUCCGCACUGUCACGGCUGAUGGCUCCAAGGUCCUUGCCGAGCACGCUGUUGGUCUCGUCAAGUAUGAAGAUGUCAACGCCUGGAAGGAGGAGUGGGGCCGCAUCCAGUACAUGGUUCAGUCUCAGGUUGACCUCCUGAAACAGAAGCUUGAGACUGGUGCCGCUCACAAGGUGCUUCGUGGCAUGGCCUACAAGCUCUUCAAGGCUCUCGUUACCUACGCCGACAACUACCGCGGUAUGGAGGAGGUCAUCCUCGAUGGCAAGCAGACUGAGGCUACUGCUCAAGUCCAGUUUCAGACCACUGCUGCCGACGGAGAGUUCCUUUGCUCGCCUUACUGGAUCGACUCUCUUGCUCAUCUUUCGGGCUUCAUUGUCAACGCUUCCGACCACCUUGACUCUGAGAACUCGGUCUACAUCUCUCACGGAUGGGGAUCAAUCAAGAUUGCCGGCAAGCUUUCGCCCGAGAAGAAGUACCGCUCGUAUGUUCGCAUGCAACCUGCUCCAGGUAACGUCUCCGUCGGUGAUGUCUACAUCAUGGAGGGCACUGAGAUCAUUGGUAUGGUCAUGGGUCUCAAGUUCCAGAACAUUCCUCGCCGUGCGCUCAACAUCAUGAUGCCUCCCGCUGGCAAGGCUACUGCUGUCUCUGCUCCCAAGGCUACUGCUAAACCCGCUCCCAAGGCUCUCCCCGCUGUUGCUCCUAUCAAGACUCAGGUGGUCCCUGUCAAGGCAGCCAAGCCCACCAAGGCUCCCAAGGCCGUCAAGGCUGCUAAGCCUGCUGCCCCUGCUGGUGUCACUUCCAAGGUCAUGAACAUCGUUGCCCAGGAGAUUUACGUAGACAUGUCCGAGCUCGUCGACGAGGCUGCUUUCGAGAACCUCGGGGUCGAUUCGCUCUUGUCUCUUACAAUUUCGGCGCGGUUUCGUGAAGAACUCGACAUGGACAUCCCCUCGACCCUAUUCACCGACUGCUCUACUGUCGGCGAGCUCAAGAAGCACUUCUCUCAGUUCGAUGGCGCUACCGUUAUCGAGGACGAUUCUUCCGUUGCGUCUGACGAGCCUUCCGACCCUUCCACUCCUUUUGAGGCACCUGCAGGAGAGAGUGACAGCACCCCUGCCAGCUCCACCGGUAGUGACGAUGGUCACGAUGACAUCAAGCCCUCCGGUGUUUCCGAGGGCGGUGCCAGCCUCGCCCGUAAGCUUGUUGCUGAGGAAAUGGGUGUAGAUGUCUCUGAGAUCACCGACGACCUUGACCUCACCGACAUUGGCAUGGACUCUUUGAUGAGUCUUACCAUUCUCGGUUCCAUGCGUGAGGCUACUGGUCGCGAUCUUCCUGCUGACUUCCUCACUGUCAACGUCACUAUCAAGGACAUCGAGACCGCCCUUGGCAUGCGCCCACAGCCCAAGGCUGUGAAGCCAGCGUCCAAGGCUGCCGCCAAGUCCCCUCAGCUCUCUGAAGUCAACAAGAAGCUUGCUUCACUCCCGGAUGUGUCUAACCUGCCACCCGCUUCCUCAGUCCUGCUCCAGGGUAACCCCAAGACUGCUACCAAGAAGUUCUUUCUCGUUCCCGACGGCUCUGGUAGCGCCACCAGCUACAUCUCCAUCCCCAACAUCUCUCCUGACAUGGCUGUCUAUGGACUCAACUGUCCGUUUAUGAAGUGCCCUGAGAAGUGGACUUGUGGUGUUGAGGGUGUCUCCCGUCUCUACCUGAACGAGAUUAAGCGUCGUCAACCUCAAGGCCCGUACAUCAUUGGUGGAUGGUCUGCCGGUGGUGUCAUGGCCUACGAAGUCGCUCAGCAGUUCGUCAACGCCGGUGAAAAGGUCGAGUCUCUUGUUCUCAUUGAUGCUCCCUGCCCCGUCGCUCUUGAUCCCCUGCCUGCUCGUCUCCACAUCUUCUUCGAUCAGAUUGGCCUCCUCGGUACCGGUAAGCCCGGUGGUACUCCCUCCUGGCUCCUUCCUCACUUCGCCUCCGCAAUCCAGAACCUUAAGGACUACGACCCAGCGCCUAUGGACCCCAAGUCCGCCCCUCCUGUCCUUGCUAUCUGGUGCACUGACGGCGUCUGCCCCAACCCUGAGGACCCCCGCCCCCCGCCAGGUGAGGGAGAGGACCCAGCUCCCAUGAAGUGGCUGCUCAACAACCGUACCGACUUCUCAGACAACGGCUGGGCUCAGCUCCUCCCCAAGGAGAACUUUCAGUACGCUGUCAUGGGCGGCAACCACUUCACCAUGAUGAAGGGAGAUCACGGUGUUACUCUUGGAAAGCUCAUCCAGCAAGGACUCAAGCUAUAAACUUCUUGAACCUUUCACCUAUAGAUUGUAGCACUUAAUAUUGCAUGCAUCUCUCCACGUUCAAGUGUUGAAUACUGAGAUGUCGGCGUUGGAAUCUUGUUCGCUUCUUUUUGUCUGUAUGGCAUUUGACAUAUAUCUCCCGGCACCGGUGUCCGGGAUACGACAACUUUUGGUAGGGAUGGAAAUGGAUGGGCGGCGUUGGGGUUCGAAAUUUUUCGCUUUUAGUUUCGACAUUCGCACACGACUUUAUCUGGCUUGUCUUUUGCUUCUGUUUACGUACCGUCACGAUUAUUCGUUAUGUACUUAAUGUUUUGGCUUCCGCAAUGCAAGGGUAACUUC